AUGGAUAAGAAAAAAAGUGACGUUUGGAACCAUUUUACUUUACUCGACAAUGAAAAGGCUAAAUGUAGUUAUUGUUCUAUCGAAUAUUCAUUUAAGGGGGGAUCAACAGCUAAUUUAAGUCGCCACUUAAAAAGAAAACAUAUUAUUCAGUACGAGGCAAAAAAAAUUAGUACAGAGCAGGACAUCGAUGAACCGGAUUGUACUAUUUCAGUCAAAUCUACCACAUCUCGUCCUUCAACAAGUGCACAUAAAAUCCAAAAUUCUAUUCCCCAAAAUACUCAGACAAAAAUUGACUCAUUCGUAUCAAAACCAAUUUCCCUUACUAAAUCAAAACAAAUUGAUAACCAAUUGGCUAUUGUAAUAGCAAAAGAGUUUCAACCGUAUAGCCUUGUCGAAAAUAAUGAAUUUAAAAAUUUGUUAAAUUACUAA